GUGGCAGCCACAAGCAGGAAUCCCCCCCCCCCAACCACGUAAAUUAAUAUCUAAAAGUUUUAUACAGUAAAGAAGAAGAGAAAAGUUAGUGAAAACACGGAGGGUUUGGGAAUAUGUCUGGAGCGGAGUUUAACAGGGUGUUUCUGUACAAUUUACCCGCGUCUGUUAUGAAUGACUUCACUCGGCUUAUGGACUCGCUUUCAAACUCAGACUGGAUAUUAUUCGCUUCACAGAUCAUAUCAGAUCAGACUGAACUACGCCUUUUGGAGCAAAGCCCUCGACGGACGAGUAACCUCAUGCACAAAUGGGGUUGUCGCAAUGGAACGGUUGGAGAACUGCUGAAGAUUCUUGAGGGACUCCAGUGGUUCAGGCCCCGUGAUAUUAUUCUUGAAGCACAACUAUGUAGACAACCCAGUACAGUCACAUUUAUCAAAGAGUAUCUCCCUGUCCCCGAGAUUAGGCCUCUACCCAGGCCUAGCCCUCCUCCGCCUGACUCUGUGAGCUCAACAAUCUCAAAAACAGCUGAAGAGUGCCCGUGCGAGCACCGUGUGGAUCCCCCGCCUCUCUCCUCCUCUGCGAUGAGCUGGCCGUUUGACGAAAUACAGAGAGGCACCUGCAACUUUUCCCCAUGCAAGCAGAUUGGGGAAGGAGGUUUUGGACACGUGUAUAAAGCUGUGAUGAGAAACACUGAGUUUGCGGUGAAGAAGCUGAAAGAGGAUUCUCACUUGGACUGGAAUGUUGUGAAGGAAAGUUUCAGGACGGAAGUGGACAAACUCUCUCAGUACAGACAUCCCAACAUUAUGGACUUUGUCGGCUACUGUAUUUCAGGACAAACUUACUGUGUCAUAUAUGUUUAUAUGCCCAACGGCUCUUUAGAUGACCGGCUGCGCUAUGAGGACAGCAAUGCCCUCUCUUGGUCACAGCGUGUAAAUGUGUUGCUGGGAACUGCAAAAGCUAUUCAGUACCUGCAUUCGUGCUCACCAGCUCUUAUUCAUGGAGACAUCAAAAGCUCUAACAUCCUUUUAGGGGAUCAUCUUGAGCCCAAGCUUGGGGACUUUGGAUUGGCGCGUUUAUGUCGAAACCCUAACAAAACCCCAGGCAAGACAUCCACUGUGGCUCAGACUGCAACGGUACGAGGAACUCUCGCAUACCUCCCAGAAGAAUACCUAAAGGAUGGCCAGCUUGGAGUGGAGAUUGAUGCCUACAGUUUUGGAGUGGUUAUCCUAGAGGUACUUACUGGACGACAGGCUCUUGAGGUUGAUUCCCAAUCCAAAACAGUUUACUUGAAAGACCUGGUAACAGAGGAGGAAGAUGAUGGGAGAAGCUUCAGCAAAGGGAAGAACUCUCGGGAUCUGUCCUACACUCACACAGCAGAGCACAUCUGCAGAAAACAUCUGGAUCCUCGACUGACCACUAAAGAUGCACCCGCACCUCAUGGGUCAGCGGACAUCGCUCGGCUGGCAUGUCAGUGUUUAGAGCGGAGGAGGAAGAAGAGACCUCGCAUGACAGAAGCUUUCAAAGCGCUCGAGGAUGUGCAUUCGGGGUUGAAGAUCUCUGAUAGAUCAACCAUGAUCAGAAAGUCUCCUGUAUCGUCUCAUCCAUCCACACCUGAGCCUCUGCGCUCCGACAGUAGCUCCAUAGACUCUCUCUCCCAUCACUUCUCCAAACUCCGGCCUCAGGAGGACACGUACCCCUGCUUUCACAAGCCUGUCUUUCACACAUUGACGACAACAGUGACUACAGAGUCUAGCAGCUCAGACUCGCAGCUGAAUGAGGAGUCGUGGGCUUCACAGUCGUCUGGUGUGCCUUGCGAAUCGGAUGAGAGUCAAGGCUUUUCUCAGUACUUGACGAGCCAAUGUAGCAGAUCUCCGUCAGUGUCGUGUGGAGCCCAAGGCAUUGAGAGCACUAAAACAAGCAUUUCUUCAGUGGAAAAGCAACCACAGAUCAGUCCAAGUGAAGGUUUUUCUGGACCGAAUGUUAUCAUCAACUCCGCUAGGCAGCGAUUGGUACAGAAAAUGGAGCUUUAUGAAGAAGGGAGGAUUUUAACUUCUGAUUUGUUGUCAUCAGGCGCCUCAUUAUACCGAGGGAUGAGCGCUCAAACCAGAGAGCCAGAAGAGAGUGAUGAGUUUGCAAGUGAGGCGUCAGAAAUAAACAUACAGUAGAUGUCUAAUGCUGUAUAAGAAGAAAAUGCACAACAGAUAUGUUGUUAAAAAUAUUACUAUGGUUAUGGUAGCGAUACCUUAUAGCUAUCAAUCAUUCAUAAAUACCUCGGCCAAAGCUGCAGAUUAAUACUCUUUUGUCUAGUAAUAGCAAGUGAAAUGUGGUACAGAUCAUGAAUGCUCUGAACUUGUGAAU